UGAAAGGAAUAUAUAUCUACAUUUGACUUUGACUUUCGAUUUCACAUUCUAACCUAUAACCCACUAGUCCACUCUGAAUCUGAAAGUCUAAAAUCUCACUUCACGUUUUGCGACAGCAGUAAUCAAAUAAAUAAACCUAAUAGAGAAACCCAGUGAACUAAAAUUGUGAAAAUUAUCACCUAUAGUUAACGUUCAUUGUAAUACUCUCAAAGAAAAUGACACCACCAAAGCCAAAAUCAGCCGAAAAGCAUCCUGCCGAAAAAAGUGACAAAAAGAAACAAAAUCCUGCUGCGAGUUCUUCUGCUGCCUCUAAAACUACAGGCAAACCAGCUACCAAACCCAAAAAUACAGUAGCCAAAGUUUCUUCAGCUAAAAUCCCAGCGCCUGCUCCAAAAACAGGCAAAGCACCUCUAAAGAGUGCUGCUAAGAAAAUAGCAACCAAAGGCAAGAUCCCACCAAAACCUUUAUUAGCAAAGCCUAGAAAGCAGAUCCCAGCUAAACAACAGGCCAAAGCAAAAGCUAAGACUGUUCCAGCUGUUGUUGCUAAAGCAAUGAUUGCCAAAAAGAAGGUCAUCAAAGGCCCAAACGGAACACACAAACGAGUUAUAAGAACAUCUGUACACUUCCACAGGCCUGCGACUCUAAGACCACCAAGGAAUCCUAAAUAUCCUAGGAAAAGUUUACCUACCAGAUCUCGCAUGGAUGCAUACAAUAUCAUCAAAUAUCCAUUGACCACCGAAGCGGCUAUGAAAAAGAUUGAAGACAAUAACACCCUUGUCUUUUUGGUACAUGCCCACUCCAAUAAACAUCAUAUUCAAGCUGCAGUGAAAAAAUUGUAUGACAUCGAUGUGGCUAAAGUAAAUACGUUGAUCAGGCCUGAUGGAAAGAAGAAGGCUUAUGUUAAGCUCGCCAGGGAGUGUGAUGCUCUAGAUGUUGCCAACAAAAUUGGAAUUAUAUAAUUUAUUUAAGUUUAAUUUUGUAAUCUGAUGUAAAUACAUGUAAUAUAUUAAAUAAACUUUUAAAUGAAUUUGAAUUAUUAUUAAACUUUUUGGGGCUGUAGUUUUCUUGA